AUGACAACUUCACAGUCUACAUCAGCGUUGCAGGGAUCGAGGAACAGAGAGAGGCGUCCAGAUUGGCAUGAAUUUUACAAGAACGGACCACCUAAAGAGAUCAUUGUCAUUGAUGACGACUCACCACAACCUCCAUCACGGAAAGAGAAUGAGCGAGUUCCCCAGCAGCAACAGCCACAAGCAACAGUGAGAGGUGCAGAGCAUGCCAACAAGAAGAGGCGGACCGGUCCCACAACCGCCUACGAUGCUGCAAGGGAUCAGCAAGCAUUUUCCCAUGCCCGUACAUAUUCGAAUGGGAACAGUGGGUCCAACACGAUCUCAACGGACCGAACCACAUCGCUACAGACUACAGCACCUACAUCAUUGGGGUCACAUUCGAGUCAUGGGACCAGUGGAGCGUAUGCCGAGGACAGUGUAGUGGGGCAGAAGAGGAAACGCGUAACGCGGCAACAGAUUGCUGAUGAGAAAAAGAGGAAGGAGAUUGAGGUAGUAGGAGACGCAUAUAGUGCCUAUGUGCCGCCACCGAAGCCUCCCAUCAAGGCUCGAGAUGUCCAUGUGCCAUCGAUCAAAGAUACUGUGACUACUCACGAGAAGAUCGACGAUGAUGAUGGCCAUUACAUAGUGACAGAGGAUAUGCCCAUAGGUGACAGAUAUCAAGUGAACAGACUUCUGGGCCAGGGCACCUUCGGCAAAGUUGUAGAAGCUUUUGACAGACGGACAAGGUCGAAGUGCGCAAUCAAGAUCAUUCGAUCCGUGCAGAAAUACCGGGAUGCCUCGCGUAUUGAGCUACGGGUGCUACAGACUUUGUCCCACAAUGACCGACAGAAUCGGAAUAAAUGCAUACAUCUACGGGACUGUUUCGACUUCCGUAACCACAUCUGCAUAGUCACCGAUCUUCUGGGCCAGAGCGUCUUCGACUUUCUUAAGGGCAACCUCUUUGUGCCUUUUCCAAGCAGUCAGAUUCAGAGUUUUGCUCGACAGCUCUUCACCAGCGUUGCUUUCUUGCAUGACCUUAAUCUAAUACACACCGAUCUAAAGCCGGAAAACAUUCUCCUCGUCGGCAACUCAUAUCAAACCUUCACCUAUAACCGCAACAUCCCUUCUUCGUCUACUACAGUACAGCGCGUUGCACGCCAGCGGCGAGUCCUACUUGACACCGAGAUCAGACUCAUUGACUUUGGAUCUGCAACGUUUGAUGACGAAUACCACUCCACCGUCGUUUCAACAAGGCACUAUCGAGCACCGGAGAUCAUACUUAACCUAGGGUGGAGCUAUCCGUGCGAUAUUUGGAGUAUUGGCUGCAUCCUCGUCGAAUUCUUCACCGGUGAUGCUCUCUUCCAAACGCAUGAUAAUCUUGAGCAUCUUGCAAUGAUGGAGAGCGUAUGCGGCGGCAGGAUUGAGCCUAAGCUGGUUCGGCAAGUCCAGGGCACUGGUCGAAACAAUAAUCGCAACCAAGCUGCAGCGUUUUUCACCCGAGGUUUGAAACUUGACUACCCAAACUCGGAGACUCCGAAGGCUUCGAAAAAGUAUGUCAGGGCGAUGAAGACACUUCCCGAGGUCAUCCCCGCAAACACAGCGUUCAACAAGCAAUUCCUCGACCUGCUUCGCCGUAUCUUCGUGUAUGACCCAAAGCAGCGUCUCACUGCGAAGCAGGCUCUCAAGCACCCCUGGUUUAAGGAGACCAUUACGGAUGAUGGCACAGAGGCUGCGCGGAUUAGGUUACAGCGGGAAAGGGCGAGGGAAGAGAUUGAUCUUGAGUACUAUCAGAGCGGCGAGGACUGA